GCAACUUGAUGGUUGUUAACUACCUCUGCAGCAGUCGACGGAGAUGAAGGGUGUUCAAAAUAAAGAAAUAACCGAAUUCGGCAGAAGAUCACUAUAUUGAGAUGCACCUAGAGGCACCUGGAGUUUGGGGCCCCGGCCGGGGGAGCGGCUGUACCCACCUAGCGUUCCUGCACCAUAGCGAGGGGGGCUGGGGGAGGCUUUGGACGACCAACGCAAGCUACUUUGCAACUGCUUUCGAACAGCGCUUGCUUUCUUCCCGUGUCGGCUCGAGGACCCUGGGUGCUGACAGCGGCGGUUCAGCGGGGACACCAUGGAGGAGGAAGCCCCAGGUCGGCUGGAGCUGUGGCUCCAUCUCGCAGAGAACUGCGUCCUCACCACCCUGCAGCAGGGCCUGGACCAGGUGUGGCAGCUGCUUCUCCUCUGUCUGCUCUGCAGGAUCUGCUUCAGGACUCGACUUCCAUCCCUAGUGAAGCACGUCGUCUCCAUGGCGACGGGCUCCUACGGCCUCUACCUGUUCUUCGAGGUGCACAUGCUGUGGGUGCUGUUGCUGGGGGCCGUCUGCUACCUGGUCCUGAGGCUCUGCGCCCGCUCCAGCCGCCGGGGCCCCUUCCUCUCCGGGGCCAUCCUCGUCUACCUCCUCAUGGGGGAAUUGCAUUUGAUUGACCCUGUGACAUGGAACAAGAUGAGAGGCUCCCAGAUGGUGGUGGCCAUGAAGGCCAUCUCGCUGGCCUUUGACCUGGACCGGGGGGCCGUGGCCACCUUGCCCUCCCUAGCAGAGUUCCUGGGCUACGUCCUCUUUGUGGGCACCGUCGUCUUCGGACCCUGGAUCAGUUUCCAUGGCUACAAAAACGCCAUUGAGAGUCGGAAGAUAAGCUGGUCGUGGCUGGGCAGCUGUCUCCUCUGCCUCCUCAAGAGCCAGGCCUGUCUGGUCGUGUCCACCUGCAUCGCCCCCUACCUCUUCCCCUUCUUCAUCCCCAUCGAGGGCAACGACGUCACACGCAAGUGGCUCCACAGCUACGAGAGUGCGGUGUCCUUCCACUUCAGUAACUACUUCGUGGGCCACCUCAGUGAGAGCCUCGCCAUGCUGUCUGGAGCCGGCUUCUCUGAAGACAAGGACCACCUCAAGUGGGACAUGGCGGUGGUGAAGCCCCUCAACGUCGAGUUUCCCCGGUCCAUGGUUGUCGUGGUGACGUCCUGGAACAUCCCCAUGUCACGCUGGCUCAACACCUAUAUAUUCAAAAACGCUGUGAAGCUCGGGACUUUCCCCGCCAUCCUGGUGACGUACACGGCCAGCGCUCUUCUGCAUGGUCUGAGCUUUCACCUGGGGGCCGUGCUGCUGUCCCUGGGCUUCAUCACCUACAUCGAGCACGUUCUUCGCAAGAAGCUUGCAGCCGUUUUCAGCGCCUGCAUCCUCUCCAGGCCCUGUACUGCUGACUGCAGCCAUCGACACAAGAAGGGCUGGGUGAUGGUGGUGAACGUGCUGUUCAGUCUGCUGGCCAUCUUCCACCUCACGUACCUGGGAUCCAUGUUCGAUGCCGAUAUGGACGAUCAGGCCAUAGAACAGGGCUACCUCGCUAGCCACACCCUGCGGAGGUGGUCUGAGCUGAACUGGGCGAGCCACUGGGCGGUCUGCGUCUGCUUUCUCUUCUACUGCCUCAUCAAGUGAAGGCCCUAGCGACCGGUACACUGAUUGACAUUCAACUCGGCCAAUCACGUCCGACGUGGCACAGGGUUUUCCAUGUUGGACUGGAACCGUCUCACUGAAAGGGGAGUUUGUAAAGUAGUUUGUUCAAACCUUAUUGGGACCGGGGAGCAAAAUGUUAGACUGUGCCAAUUACAACUAGAGAUAACUGCUCACUAAGGAAAGAAGCUGGCGCUAAUGAAUCCACAAUUAUGUGGUAGACUUAAGUAUUUGGCACAUCUAUUUUUAUGAUGUAUACAGUACAUAUAUAUAUUUCUAUACAAUUCUGCCAAGUAGGGUAUAGUUAGAUAAUACACUUGUUUCUCUAUGAGCCGCCAAACAAACUAAAACCAAUUUUUUAAGUGUUACACGUGUAUAUUUUUGUACUUUUGUUACUGUGCCUUAUUGUUACUGAGAUGCCAGACGUAUCAAACAGCAUAUUGGAGCAUCACUGCCUGUGCACUUUGGCUAACCAGUUACAGCUCCUAGAUUUUCGCUAUGGGUCCCAUUUAUGUUUUCGUUGUAAAAACAGAAAUGUAUUUCAGUUUUAAAUCCCUCCCUUUUUUUAAUUUUUUGUGAAACGGUACAAAAAUAGGAGGAUGAGGAGCAAAAUAUUAUGUAUUUCUUUUUAUAUUGCUUGCAUGACAAGAAAACGUUUUUUCUUUUUAAUAAUAAACAACUUUUUCAGAUACA